AUGGUCGGCCGCCCACGAAAGUAUCCUGAUCGAGCUGCAGCGCUUGAGGCCCGGCGGCAGCGGUAUCGACAGCGACAGCAGGCGGUCACAAUCUCCCAGAGGGAGCAGGCCCAGGACGAGUCUACCUCACAGCCCGUCCAGCAGAUCACCCAGUUCUACCAUACAUCGCUACUACCGCUAGAGGGAGACAUAAGCGAGACUAUACCACUCACCUCAACUGUCCACGAUGCCUUUACUACGCUACGGGUAGAGAUUAACCACGAGCAAUUCGCAGCGAGCGAUAGGGAUGAGAUCGACCAUGAGCAGGAGCAGUUCAUAGUGAGUGACAGGAGCAGUCUUGAUCUCAAUCUCAAUACUACAGUAGGCGAGUGGAUAAUCAGUACCGACGAGGACGGGGAGGGGUCGAUCCCCCCCCUAGUAGAGAGCGGUAGUACACCGAGUUCCGCGCAGCGGCAGGAGGGACAGUCGACAGAGCCUCCAGCGGUAUCACCCCAGGUCCAGCAGCUCGCCCGUGGAAUCGCGCAGCAGCUCCUCCAGCACCACGGGUGCCCACCUAACGGCCAUGUCGAGCCGGAGCCGAGGGUGCCAUCUGGACAAAGUAUCAUCAGCCUACGGGAGGCAACCCAACAAACUACCGUGCCGGACGUACUAGACCAACCGACCUUCCAACAAUACCCUGCCCCGUGGGCCAAUGAUUUCGCGCCAAUGGUCCGCCGGCAGCUACUCUGCGGCCUCAGUCCUGACGAGACCAUGCACGGGGAUAGCCCAAGGCCACCGGUGGUAGACCCAGGCAUCGCAAACGCAGCAGUGCCGCCGGCACUCCCAGUAUCGUUUGAUAUCGACAGCAGUGGGGGGUGGGCGACAAGUCUCGCCGUCGCGCGACAGGGACUAUACUGGUUAGCGACACGCCCAGCGAUCAGCACCCUCACUAGCUCCCUCCACCUUGAUCCGCUCCUCGUCGAGUGGAUGGACAUAGAUACCCAGCGGCUACACCACCGACACGUCCCAGUACACCACGUCCCCCACCUCCCACUUGGGCGGCUUCGUGGUUUCGAGGCCAUGGAGGUGUUUAUCCUCUUUCCUCGGCUCUACCAGCCAUCCCGGAAGGCGUUUGUGUUAACCAGCGAGGAGUACUGCGAGUGGAUGGACCAUAUCAUGCUCCCAGCCCUCGUCAGUACACUACCCCAAGAGACCGUCAGCCGGCUACCAGGGAGUGGGGAGGAGGCGAUGGCACGAGGGACCGCAGCUGCAGCCGAGGGAGCUACAGCUUCGACACACCAGCUACCACGGAUCCAGCUCCUUACGCACUUUAUCGGCCCAACCGCGCUAGGUACCAUAUGGGCAGCGAUUCAGGAUCAGCUAGCUCCUGGGGCCCAUACAGCGAAUGAGUACGGCCAGGCAAGACUCCUGCUUACAUCGAAGAGCCUAAAGGGCGAGACGCGGCGGGAUACAUGGUCCCAGAUGAUGCAGGGCUGGAGGCACAUAUGGCUUACAGCGGUAGACGACCGGUUCCUAGCAAGCUCCUUUUUCGAUGUAGCGAAGGAGGUAAGCCUCCCAGAUCAGAUCCUAACCCAGGAGGCGACUAGGCCACGGUAUGCCCUAGAGCUCACAUGGCGCCGGUGUUGCCUAAGUCGGUUCGAGGAGUGGCUUGUACAGCUCGAGACGACGCUGCAAGACCAGACUGAGUUAGCGACGGUACCCUCCCCACGACCAGCUGAGCCAAACCCCCUGACGCAGAGCCCGAUUCACUCACCUAGUCCCUCUCUAUCUCCGACCGAGCUGAUCCCCCUGGUACAGAGCCCUAUACAGAGCCCCGUACAGAGCCCUAUGUCCUCGCCCUCACCGUCGUCCUCCCUACCUCCGACCGAGCCGAUUCCCCCAGUACAGAGCCCGACGUCCUCGCCCUCCCCAUCGCCCUCCCCAUCUCCGACCGAGCCGAUUCCCCAGACGCAGAGUCCAACGCCCUCCCCAUCUCCCACCGAGUCGACUGCGCCGUCGACGAAGCCGGUACGGUCACGGUUCUGGCCCUGGGCGCUGCUGCGGGAUACUGGGAGCCUGACUGUCGAGACGAACCGCCAAUCGACCCUCCGACAGACUGGGCUCCUAUACGCACAGCUAUACAAUACCUCAAAGGAGAUUUUCGGGGUGGGAAAAACGUACCCGUUUGGGAAUAAGGCGCUUGAUACCCUCGCACUCCCGGCAGCGCUUGUCCGGGUUUUGGAGCAUACCGGGGGAGGUCGUGCCCACUCCCGUGCCACAUUACUCCGCGGGUAUCUCCAUACAAAGAAGCGGUGCCACCUUGCCCUCCAGGGGGCCGAGGACCGUUCGUAUGGCACCCGUGAGGAGUAUCGGGUGACGGCAGCGCUGCUCUCUGCGCUAGAUAGCGAGAUGGAGGCCCAGGGGGGGGAUGGCGUACUCCGUGUCCCCCCGGAGGAUAUCGCGCUGCGGCCGUUCUACUGCCACACGACUGACGACGCAGUCCAGUGGCUGAGGUGGAAUCUGAACCGUCUCUGCCUCGCGGUGGAGCUGGUAUACAGCAGCCGCCCGGCAGGACAGCUCCACUGGGAACACUCCAGGGUGGCGAUGGCGUUUCUACGGGCGCUGCACUACGGCCUGGGAGGGCAGGGGGCCUCUCCGUCCCACUGCCGGGAGCUCUGGAUCAGCGAGCGAGUACAGCCGCCAGCCGAGGGCGAGGAUAGGGGCACAGUGAUCGAGGGCCUUGGCUGGGGGGAGACUAUGCAGCAGUACGGGUUCGCUUGGUUCCAGGAUAAAUUCGACUGGGGACCGAUGCUAUUCCGGGAGCCGCACCGGGCCCGGCUUGCGAUCCGGCUACCCUCACUCCUAGGAAGUUACCUCCCGCGCUACGGCGUAGUGCGGCAGGAGCUCGACGACUGGGUAUUCCUGCACGACGUCUUCCUCCAGCUGGAGGCCUGUCGUGCACACCGCCCCCGAACGCGGAAGAUCCUCGUGCUCCUCGCCGACCUCUGCCUGAUGGCGUUUCGACGGGAGGUCUUCCGGCGGCUGUCGUCUGUCGAGCGGCUGCGAGGGCCCCGUGCCGCCGAGGCGCUCGAGGGCCGCCAGCCGCUAACGAUGGAGGUGCUCCACGAUAUCCUACCCGGGGGCCGGCUGGCCGACCACACGUACCCGCUCGGGGCCAAGGGGAUCCAGAUCAAGCAUAUCGACACCAUGUUUACCGUCCUCUGGGGGUGGGAGGGCGACGGGUGGCAGGGGGAGCUGGUGCAGCGGCAGCACUGGGCGUCGAAACCGUACCGUGAGCUAUUCCACCGCAGCUUCGACGCGAUCGCCGCGACACACUCCUACGAGACCGCGCAGGAAUGGCGGAGGCUGGUUCACGCCACGUUUGUCCGCACCCACUGGGUACUGCCAAACCCAACCCAGCGCGACUUCUGGCCGAAGGGCAGAGGGGGCCGGCUACCGCUGUGGUGCAGCACCCACCCAGCCCUCGUCCAAUACGUCUGCCGCGAGAUGACAGGGCAGGUCGCCUACCAGCCCGUCGUGUUUCGCUGGACGCCGGCAGACCUACCGACGCUGCCGCGUACUGGGUGGGAAAGGAGCACUGAGGCCUUUGCGACCACGUUCCCGACCGGCUGCCGGGUCGAGGUGAUUCUCCCAUCGCUGCCGACUGACGGUAUUGCAGACUGGGUGGGCGGGGAUGCUCUAGAUACCACCGACGAAGGUGGACCGCUGAUACCGCCGCUGGACGAGGAUGGAGAGAUUGCCCACUGGAUCUGGACACGGUACCCGCCACGGUACGCACUGCGGAAGCUGACCCAGCAGGCGAAGUGGGCCCCCGAGAAUCUGAUCCGGCAGCCGUGGCUAGUGACGAGCUACAGCGACGAUAUCUUCGCCCGGGUUCGUGCAGUGGACCGAGCGCGGUGUGAUGCACUCAGGCUACGCCACUUUCCAAGACUAGAGGAACAGGUAGGCAGUGUAGAGCCGGAGGAGCUGAGCGACCCAAGCUCGAUCCGAAGCGAGGAGCAGCGCGCCAUCGCCGAGGAUACCCGGCACCGUGAACUGGCGGCUAGAGCGAAGACGGCGCUUAGGAAGGUGUGGAAGUAUGAUACGCUGAUGAAGGAUUUGAAGAAGGAUUCCCAGAAAGGCAAGGUCGUCAGGGGGUAUAAGGUAGAAUAUGCAAGGGCCGCUACAAAGAGAGCUCUUGCACGGGAGGAGUUUUCGAGGCCGAUCGAAGAUAUCCUCACAGAGUUAGAUCCAGAGAGAUUUCCGAGGGAGCGAUUUGUGGCUGCGAGAAGAGAGCGACUAGCAGAGGCCGCUAAGCGGACAAAGGAUAGUGGUGGGAAAGAAAUGUAA